UUGUGACAACAAAUUAUCGCCAGAACCAACAAACGAAAAAAAGGACAUCAAGGAUAUUGUGACAGCCUAUUCUGAGUUCGAUUCCGGACAUGCUACCAGAGAUGGAUAUGAACUGGACUUUCGGUCGUCAAUCCGCGGAACAACCAUGGACCAGCGGUGUCAGUGAAGACGAUUUUGAAUCCCUCGAGCUGCUAGGAGAAGGGAGUUUCGGGAAGGUUAGUUUAGUCAAGAAGAGCACAGGCUUCGAUAAGGGACGACUCUACGCGAUGAAGACCAUGAAGAUGGAGAUCAUCACUAAGGAUAGGAAGACUUACCAGCACACAAUGACGGAGUGCCGAGUGUCAGCAGAAGUAGGUGACAGCCCGUUCUUGGUGAAGUCACACUACACCUUCCAGACGGAUUCCGAUCUGCACCUGGUAAUGGACUUUCUGGAAGGUGGAGACCUGUAUGACCUUCUCAACCAGCGAGAGAAGUUUGCCGAGGAGGCCGUGAAGUUCUACACGGCGGAGAUCGUCCUCGGCAUCGAAUACCUGCACAAGAUAGGCGUCAUCUACCGCGACCUCAAACCUGAGAACAUCCUCAUAGACUCCAGUGGCCACAUGAGGAUUACUGACUACGGCGUCUGUAAAAAGUUCCACCCUGGUCAGAAGCGUAAACGUGCAUAUUCCUUCUGUGGAACGCCUUUCUACAUGGCUCCUGAAAUUAUCAGAGGCAAAGGACAUACCACAUCGGUUGACUGGUGGAGUCUGGGUAUCAUCGUGUACAAGAUGCUCACAGGAACCACUCCAUUUGAAGCAGAGGGUGAAGAGAGUGACAACUUUGUGGAGGUCUUUGACCGAAUUCUGACGCAGAACCCGGAGAUGCCGAAAGAGUUUUCAGCUGAAGUGGCGGACUUCAUCACACGAUUAUUGGCGAAAGAGCCACAGAAGCGUUUAGGUGCAGGGAAGACCGGUGUGAAGGUCAUCAAGAGGCACCCAUUCUUCAAAAACAUCAACUGGGCUGAUAUGACGCAAAAAGCCGUGAUACCUCCGUACCAGCCGCCUCUUGAAGGCGUCAUCUUUCUCGGUGCCGAGAAUAAUCACUUUCUUCCAUCCUCUGCUCGAUCCCAGGAUUGUGCCACUUCAUCCUCAGCAGAGACUAAGCCCAAAACACAAACGACGGAGAUUCCUGUAGGGCCAGCAACACCUGCGGUCGUCGGGAAAAUUGCGCCACGAAAGAGGGAGCUGAACAGAUCAGAAGACGGCGAAAGGCCAACCAAGAGACCACAACGACUUACCAAAAGCCGGAGGUCGAUGUCCCAAACGACGGCCACUCUAGGACACCAUCAGCGGGGCGAAGAAAGAUCACUGUCUUCCAGUGGACUGAGGAGCGACCAGGCCACGGAAUCAACGAUGCAGGCAAGUAAGAUGAAAGACGUCUCUCAGAACACGGGAUUCGUCUCGAAGAGAACGAGAUUCAUGAUUCAAGAUGUAAGCCCUCCAGCAAAGCUUGUAGAGCCCAAAAAGGAGUGACUCGACCAGAUCCAAAACGAAGCGGAGGAGGGAGAUUAGACGAGCAAAUGGAACUAAAUUCCUCGCCUCAAUCACCUCGUCUUUGAGACCAU